AUGUCUUCAUCAGGCACCAAAGAACCCAUUCGUAUUGUCAUCACUGGAGCUGCUGGCCAAAUCGCUUAUUCAUUGAUUCAUCAAAUUUGUAACGGUGAUGUUUUCGGCAAAGAUCAACCUGUUAUUCUUCAUUUACUUGAUAUAACACCAAUGAUGGGCGUACUUCAGGGCGUGGUUAUGGAGAUCGAAGAUACUAGUUUACCUUUAGUUAAAGGCGCAAUACCAACUGACAGCGAAGAGACCGCAUUCAAGGAUGUUGAUGUUGCUUUGUUGGUCGGAGCUAUGCCACGUAAAGAAGGCAUGGAACGUAAAGAUUUACUCAAUGCCAAUGUAAAAAUCUUCAAAUCACAAGGAACUGCACUUGAUAAAUUCGCCAAGAAAUCCGUCAAGGUUCUCGUCGUUGGUAAUCCAGCCAAUACCAACUGCUAUAUUCUUGCUCAUUAUGCUCCAUCAAUUCCAAGAGAAAAUUUCAGUUGUUUAACACGUUUAGAUCAUAAUCGUGCUAAAGCUCAAAUCGCCAACCGUUUGAAAGUUUCACCUGAAAAUGUUAAAAAUGUUACCAUUUGGGGCAAUCACUCAUCAACACAAUUUCCCGAUGUUCGUUCAGCUACCGUCAACGUUAAUGGCAAAGAUACACCAGUUUAUGAUGCUGUCAAAGAUGACAACUGGCUUAAAAACGAUUUUAUCUCAACUGUACAAAAACGUGGUGCUGCUGUUAUUGCUGCGCGUAAACUUUCAAGUGCCAUGUCAGCAGCUAAAGCCAUUUGCGAUCACAUGCGUGAUUGGUGGAACGGAACAAAAGAUAACGAAUGGGUUUCAAUGGGUGUAAUCAGUGAUGGCUCAUACGACAUUGAAAAAGGCUUGGUCUUCAGCUAUCCAGUUCAAAUCAAAGACGGCAAAAUUUCUAUUGUUCAAGGAUUGAAAAUCGACGAAUGGUCACGCGAGAUGAUUGAGAAAACACAAAAGGAAUUGGUCGAAGAGAAAAACGAUGCGGUCAAAGCAACAAGCUCCGAUUAA